AUGAGGCUUCCUUAUCAAGUACUAUUUGGAACCGGAGAUGUCCUUGCCCAGCAGCUCGUCGAUCAAGUCGGAAUUGAGAAGCAUGACUUCGCUCGUACUGGUCGAAUGGUUCUCUACGGAGGAGGUAUGCCACUCCAGGCUACGUGCAAACCCUACAAUGCAAGAUCCAAGAAGCUGAUGGUCACUCGUGCUUUUAAAAAUAUAGCAAUCUUCGGGCCCGGCGCUACGACUUGGUACAAGUUCAUGCAACGAAGCAUAGUUUUCAAGAACCCCAAACUUACAUUAGUUGCUAGAGUGUGUGCAGAUCAGACCCUGUUCACUCCUACGCAUCUGACCUGCUUCCUAUCCUCCAUGGCGAUCCUCGAAGGAAAUGACCCAUUGGAAAGGCUGCGAACCACUUUUGGUACUGCCUACAAGACCAAUCUCAUGCUCUGGCCGUGGGUGCAGGCAGCCAACUUCACAUUCGUGCCUUUGGAGCACCGAGUUCUUGUUGUCAACCUCGUCAGUCUUGGUACGUUUCUUCCCCUGGCCAGCCUCCGCGAAUACUGUAUUUCUUUGCUAAUUCUCAACUACCAACUUCUAGGCUGGAACUGUAUCCUCAGUCUCAUGAACAAUAUUGUAUUAGUAUACAACCUUUCGACGAUAAAAUAUGCUCCUGCAGUCACUUUCAAGCCAUCCAUGAAAAAGGGAGAGAGAGAAGGGUUGGUGCAAACAGUGCAAACUCAAACCGCCCAAAGCUUCUCAAUGCCUGAAGAUUAA